CAAAGGUUCCAAAAGGACAUCUAUAGUCACAGACCCCUUUGUUUACUCCAACCAUGUCCUUUCUCUUUGUUUACUCCAAAAUCCAUUUUGUACAAUAACAAAGGGCUGGGACCAACCCAUAUAAGAGAACAGGCCACUCGUCCAUCAAAACAACAUAUCUUCUCCAUUCCUUCAAACCACUUUCUGUUCUCUUCCUUUUCUUGUUCUCCCAGCUCUUUGAACUUUGCCUUUGAAAUCAAAGGAGAGGAAGAAAACCCAUUUCAUGUCUGCUGACAAAAGUAGCUAAAUUUCAGAAAACACACACCUCAAGAACUUCUUUUCUUAGAAGUUUCUAAGAGGUCUCUGUACAGGAAAAAUGGCAGUUUGCACAUUCUACACAACCCCUUCUCUCAAUACAACCUGUUCAGUCUCCACACCAACAAAGACUCACUUGGGCUUCCAUCAGAGACAGGUUUUCUUCUUCUACAGCACUGGUAGGAGAAGCAGCAGGAGAGGCAGCAGCAACAAUUCUGAGAUCAUAUGCUCAGCAGAGGAACCAAAGACAGUGGUGAUAGGAUUGGCAGCUGAUUCUGGAUGUGGGAAGAGUACCUUCAUGAGGAGAUUGACAAGUGUGUUUGGUGGUGCGGCAGAGCCACCAAAGGGUGGAAACCCAGACUCAAAUACCCUAAUCAGUGAUACAACCACUGUGAUUUGUUUGGAUGAUUACCACUCACUUGAUAGGACAGGUAGGAAGGAGAAGGGAGUCACUGCACUUGACCCAAGAGCAAACAAUUUUGAUCUCAUGUAUGAGCAGGUCAAGGCUAUCAAGGAUGGAAUUUCUGUUGAAAAGCCCAUAGAUAACCAUGUCAGUGGUCUCCUGGAUCCUCCUGAACUUAUUAAGCCUACCAAGAUCUUGGUCAUUGAAGGAUUGCACCCAAUGUAUGAUUCUCGUGUAAGGGACCUCUUGGACUUCAGUAUCUACUUGGACAUCAGCAAUGAGGUCAAAUUUGCUUGGAAAAUUCAGAGGGACAUGGCAGAGCGUGGACAUAGUCUAGAAAGUAUUAAGGCUAGUAUUGAAGCCCGAAAACCAGACUUUGAUGCCUACAUUGACCCGCAGAAGCAAUACGCAGAUGCAGUGAUCGAAGUGCUGCCAACCCAGCUUAUUCCUGAUGACAAUGAAGGGAAGGUUCUGAGGGUUAGGUUGAUAAUGAAAGAGGGAGUGAAGUUCUUCAACCCUGUUUACCUUUUUGAUGAGGGAUCCACUAUUUCAUGGAUCCCUUGUGGAAGGAAACUCACAUGUUCAUAUCCUGGUAUCAAAUUCUUCUAUGGCCCUGACACUUACUUCAGCCAUGAGGUGUCUGUGUUGGAAAUGGAUGGGCAAUUUGAUAGAUUAGAUGAGCUAAUUUAUGUGGAGAGCCAUCUGAGCAGCAUCUCUACAAAAUUCUAUGGUGAAGUUACACAGCAAAUGUUGAAGCACUCUGACUUCCCUGGAAGUAACAAUGGAACAGGUUUCUUCCAGACCAUAGUUGGGUUGAAGAUAAGGGACCUCUACGAACAGAUCGUCGCCAGCAAAGCUGCAGCUCAACUAGAAGCAACCAAAGCCUAAAAAGUGCAAUUUUCCAUUAGAAUCACCUCAACCACUAUUCACUUUCUUUUAGUUUUUCCUUAAUUCUUUUUCAUUUGAGUCGAUCUCUAGGUGCCUCAUAGAAGGUUUAAACUUGAGAAAAUCCUAUAACGAAUUUCUUGUAAUUCUGUUGGAGAUAUGUAACAUAGAAGAGCAAAGAAUAGAUGUAAUGCAGUUAAGAAGAUUAAACACAACGCUUUUGGAA